AUGUCCGCCGUUGGUGCCGGUGGCGACGCGCUCCCACCCAACGAGAAUGUCGGGCCUCUCCUUCUUGGCGUGUCGGGCGUCCUGAUCCUCUUUGUUUGUGUCUCGAGCGCCCUCCGCCUGUGGGUGCGAGGCGCUCUGCGAACUCUCGGCCUGGACGAUGCCACCAUGGCUCUUGUCACCGUUAUCAGCAUCAUCCGGUAUGGCUUGCAAAUCGUCCAGGUGGUGAGCUACGGAAACGGCAAGCAUCGCCCAUACGUCAACGAAGAGGACUACCGUAUGAACAACCAACUCGGCUGGUGGGCGCAGAUCUGUCUCUUUUCCGGCAUCUGCCUGCUCAAGGUAUCCAUCAUGCUACUUAUUAUGCGAAUGAAGGACUCCAAGAAGCUCAAGAUCGUCCUGUACUCGGCAAUGGCUGGCCUCGUCAUCACCAACUUUGGCGUCAUUGUCAUCCUUCUCGCCGAGUGUAGCCCCGUCCGCAUUUAUGCCAUCUACUUUACCAUUGCUUAUUCUAUCUUGACCGAUUUCCUUUGCUCGCUCCUGCCUCUUGUCGUCAUCUGGAAGGUGCGCAUUCCUCUCAAGACCAAGAUCAUGGCCUGCAGCCUGAUGAGCUUGGGUCUAGUUGCUACUGGCUUCGGUAUCGCUCGUGCUGCCUCCCUCGGCCUCGUUACUACCGAUCUCACUUAUCUACCUUUACUUCUUCCGUGGUCAAACCACCCCCACGACAGCAAGUACGGCGACCGCAACAACUACGUCCGGUCCUCCUUUUCGCAGUCCAACCCUCGUUCGGGCCACAUCACCGACAAGCUCCGCUCCGGCGCCGGAGAAUCUGUCAUCGACCGCGCUGCGACGCUUAUCGAGUCCCGUCGCAAGGUGUCCAUGUCGCGUAGCGAUGGUAGCGAGUUGAGCUCGAGUCUGGCAUCCGCAAGAAGACGGAGUUUUGGAUCUCCGAGGGCGGUUACGAAAGCCAGGGCUCGGCAGGUCGCGCGCGAUAGAUGUGCAAUUGAUUAUUUCGGGCCUGCGCCGGUGCGCUUCAACAAGUCCUAA